GGGUAUUUUCUAGGGAGUACGCCGUGCUAGCGCAAAUGGGUUUUCAUCACACACAAAUUUGGUUUCGGUCCACAAACAAAAAUGUCCUGCGAAAGCCGCGACCGCACAUGCACAAAUACAAGGAGAUGAACCGUUGGCAGCGCGAGGCACAGGGUAUUAGUAAGUGGGACCAGUCCCACUCGCAUCGCCCGCAGCCCACCAUUGAACGCUUCAACCCCGAAGGCGUCGGCGUAUCCCGCGGUACGUCGUCGUUCGCGUGGAAGUGGUGGUACACGCAGCAACCGUGGCUUCCCAACGUGCCGCCAGGCUCCUACAUCCCGCCCAAACCGAAGGGAAUUCGACCGCCGGCCUGGGAUGAGGAAUUCACCAAAGUUGUCCUCAGCAUGAAUGACGAUGAGAUAAAGUCGUACCUGGUGGACAAACUGACUGAAGUCAUUUUUGUUGAGGCGCAACGCGACGGGUAUGAGCUGCGUCGGCUCGAUUUCGAAGGCAACCCCCUCACCGACUUACCUGAGCGCCGCAUUAUUGAAAAUUUUGUCUUUGAGGAAGACUCGCUGCGUGAACGCGUUCUUGAUCAGGUAGUGGAGGGCAUUUUUCGCCUUUCCCCCACUUCCGACGACCGCAAGGAGCUUCGAAGCGUCGCCAACGUCGUGGAUUUCGUUCUAACGCACAUCACGACCGCACGCGAAGUACCGAACAGUCGUAUCACCGAGGCCGCCCGCGCUAUCAUGCGCAACCACCCGUUGCAGCCUGAGUUAGGCUUCACGCAUGCGCUGCCAACCGAUAACAUGGAUGCUGUAGUGCGGGAGUGGAGACGCAUGCAUCACUUGGAUUGGCAGUUCGGUAAUGCCGUGUAUGAGCCUCGCGAUGUUGAAAAUACGCGCGGAAAUUUAACAUGGCUGAGGGAGAUGCACAACCAAGCUGAUCGUGAAGCCUUUGAGCGUGACGUUGCGAGUGGUGAAGCAAAGCGAAGACAUAUGGAAAAGAUUAAAGCCGCAUCUCAAGCAGUGACCAACCAUACUCAUUCCUAGGGAAGGUCACUAAAGGAAAAUUAAGAAACAAAGUGCACUUGCGUAGCUUCGAAUGAUCAAAAGCUUUAAUAUGAUCACACGGUCCGAUUUUUGCAUGAUAAAUUUAUACAUGCAUGGCCCUA